ACCACAGUUGCAAUACAAGUCUCGGCCCGCUCAGUCGUCUCUCCUUCCGCGCCUCCGCGACAAUGGUGGCAGCGGCGGUCGAGGGGACUUGUGCCCCUCACCACGGACCCCAGCCUCUACAUCUGCACUGACAUCGCAGACUGGUUAGUCCGUGCUCCGUGACAGUGUAUCGCCCCUACGUCACGUCAUCGACUAGGGAGCUGACCAUCCUGGACUCGUCAUCGUCCGACAUCACCGUCUCCAGUGAGUAGCUCUGCCCGGCAAUACCAUCUGCCCUGCGGCAACGUCAUCAGCUGCCCUGGACUACUACGGAGCCCGCCGACAGCGCACGGCUCAUCAGCCCGCGCCGUCCUCCUCAGCAUCAUCGAGUGAUGGACACCACCUCGCUGAAGGACUCAAGAUCGGAGGAGAGAAGAGAAGAGAAAAAAAAUAUCAGCGCUAAAUUCAAGACAAAUUGACACCCAAAAUCAAGAAAAUCCACCCAUUAUGAACUUUUGCUGUAUUUUCGUCAAAAAGUGACAGUGAAAUUGUGCUGUGAAAUUUGUUUUAACUUCGAUGUGUUUCAAAAACCGUACUGUUUCAUUAUCCGUUUUCGUCAGUGUUCUGUCGUUUGUUGUGCUUCAAUGUGGUUGCUCACCCCAAAAUUUACGGAGAAAUUGCAAGUGCAUUUAAUUUUUGCCUGCACUUUGCCGUGUCAUUUUGACACUAGUAAACGUAAAAAGAGUCUGCUCUCAACGGUAUGAACAUUCAAAUACGUUAAUCGUCGUCAAUUCACUGAAUUUAUAUUGUGUUGAUAUUCGGCCAGAGAUGCCGAGGGCCAUAGAUGCCCAGGGACGGUCCCCGCCAAGAGUGCGGAGGGAUCGCCCGGUAGUAGGUGUAAUUGUCACGAAACUUACUUAUCUGUUCAUACCAUUUUGUGAUACGCUCAUAUGGAAAUUUCUUUCUCCGUCAGCUAAACGUUUCCUCUCUUUGUUAUGAUCGCUUCGGUUCCCUACGCUUCCCUGGGGGAGGGAAGAUAAUGUGGGACCGAUUCCCUUCUUCCAUAUCAUGAUAAAGAGAGUACACGUUCAAGCUUUGUUACAAUGAAAUACCCGUCACUUUCCCCUUCGUGACGGCACCGCCCGACGACCUAGAUAUACCAGAAGGUCGGCGGACCGGUCCUUCAUUGUGCAACCACCUUGCAUAUAACGCACAGGCACUGGCGAACCCCAAUCAGAAUCUGAACCACAGUUGGAAUACAAGUCUCGGCCCGCUAAGAAAUGUUGUUGAAUCUUUCAUGCCUACCCCACACCAUUCAGUACUUAGUUUAUGGAUUUAUCAUCAUUGUUUCUGGUCUAGUUAUCAUCUACGUUCGAUCUGCCUGUAACGCUAUUUUCAGUAUACUUCGUACUAUUUGCUACAUUAUCUUUGGCAUUUACCGUCUUGUCCGUUCUUGCUUCCGCCUUUCUCUGCGAACGGGCGCUGUAGCUGGCCAUACAUCCCGCCGCCAGAUUUCUACAGCCUUCUCUAAAAUCUCAAAAUUUGCCGAUUCUCCCAAUCAGGUACAGACACCACCCGCUCCUAAAUCUAUGCAGCUUAAGUAUAGUGUGGUUAUUCUUAUUUGUUUUUUACCGCUCAUUCUGGCUUCUUCUAUUCACGAUGACUGCAAUGAACUCAAAAUAAUAUCUUCUCGUAUAUCGCAGUGUCAAACACUGCCCACAGGUAAGCAAUCCUGUGUUAUCUCAGGACAGGCACAGCUUAGUCUGAGUAACAUAGGUUCUACGACUUGCAUGUUCUUUUCGGACGACAGUGGCGCCAAUGUUUAUUACAUUCGGAUUAAAUUUGAAGACGUCUAUUGCCAAUGGACCACAAUUCACCAAUAUUAUACUUUUCCGGUUUCCGUUGAAAUUUCUUCCAAGUUGAUAUGCCCUAACUUUGAGUAUUGCAGCUGGGGAGCCAAAUGUGUUCCUCGGCGAGAAUACUUUCCGGAAAUCACCAAAGAAUCACUUUCAUGGCCCGGCAUCACGUCAUGCAUUUCUAUUCCAGCAAAAACUAGAUUUUGUGGCGUCAUUCAUUAUGAUCCCUGCCUUCAUUUCCGCUGGUACCUACUCCCACAGUACAAUGCCACCUAUCGUGUUGACAAGAUUACAGGGCAUACUUGUCAACCAAUCAUUACAAUUUCGGAAGCUAUCGACAAUCGUUUAGUCAAUACCACGACAUCCGAUCAAGUUAUUACAAAUUCUGGCAUUGAACUGAAUGUCUUAGGUACCUAUGACCAGCCCCUAUCCCUGCCAUCCCCAUACCUCGUCCAAAACGUCCAUGACUUUUCUGACUCACAUCUGGAAUCCGCUUCUUCUCCAUCUCAGCCUACCCCAGGUCAAUUGGGUGACAUUCAGGCCCCCAAACCGCUGUCUACCGAUUUUAUUUUUAGCCCCCUCAUGGUUGAUUGCACUAACUACGAAACAACCCUUCGAUGCCAUAUCCCUCAAAGUUACAUUUCGGUUAUCCAGAAUCAGCGUCCUAAUAUCCUUCCUCGCGCCGUUCAUAACCACCAUCUUUACAUUAAUUCGGACGGUGUUUUGCAAUCUAAACUACUUCGGAGUGCCCCAGUAAAUAUUCACAUACGCUUCAAUGACAUGUCCCUUGCCAUAUCCCAUUACAAAAUUUGUCCUCGUAUUGAAUCGAUUGAUUCAGUCACUGGGUGUCAUUCAUGUCCAGUGGCUGCCAAAAUUAUCAUACGAGCCAAAUCCAUCUGCUCUCCAGGUACGGUAUCCGUAUCCUUCAAUAAUAUCCCACUUUCAUCCCGUGCAGUGGCCUUAUCCACUGACAGCUCCCUCGUGACAAUUCAGUUCGUUACGUCGGUCCCCUGUCACGAGGAAAGACUGUGUCUUUACUAUAACGAAAUUAAAAGCUGUGAACCCGUCUCUUUCUGUUUAGAUACCCCGACUCUUUCCCUCACCCAGCGCAAUGAGACGGUCGCCCAGUCCACAGCCGUUAUUCACUCUAGUGGUCUCUUUGAUUCUUUUCUUUCGACCACUUCUUCAUUGGGAACUACACUACAGCAGGGUCUCUACUGGUUCUUCGCUAUUAUCGCCGCUAUCUUCAUCUUUUCGAUGACAGCCGAUCAUACUCGCAUCGCCUGUUGCUGCAUGCCGACUCACUCCUCAUGGGCCACAAUGGACUGUCAAAUACACACGGCUGACCGAUCUUCACGUCUCCGCUGCCUGGCCAAGGGCCCGGCCGGCAGCCGGGACGUCGAGUACCCGCCGAGUCAACCACACCGCCACUGGUACCUGACUCCAUGGCGAUUAUCCGGCGUCGCAUUCACGGGACCACAUUACCCGAGUGCGGUCAAAAUCGCCCUACAAGUACAAUCGCCACACAACCAUGGUCCGGUACCAGUGCAUCGACUCGAGACGUCCCCGUCGACUUCUGCUCGCGCACCAUCCAGAGGUCCCCUCCACCAACGGCCGUCGCUGUCGACUCCAGCCAGUUGCCACCACAAUCACUGGCCGCCAGCAGUCGACAGUACCGCCCGCUCCAGCCGGCCGCGCCUUCUGUCACUGUCCACUGACGGUGACCUCAUCGGCGCGGCUCUGUCAUGGGCCGGGACCUCGGACAUCAAGAUCCGGAGGAUCUACACAUCUCCGCGCUGCGAGCAAGUCACCCACCAGCUCGGGACGUCUACUUCUUCACUCGGUCGUGUGUUGUUCUGACGCCUCCUAUUGUCGGCUCAUGGGGGAGGGGAGGUAAUGUCGCAAGGCUUUGCUCAAAGGACUAUUGCUGCAAGCGCGUAUGGCCUUGUUCAGGUGCGUGCGGCCCGCUGCAGAUCCGGGUUAUUAAUUCAACGACUGACCGGUUCUGCAGAGGUUUCCGCGUCGUUCCUCGAAUAAGCUUAUGCGCUUGCCGCAUGACGCUCCUUAUAUGAUCGCGCUGUGCGUGAAAGAUCCUGUAUAAAAGCGUGCGUGAAUUAUCAAAUACACAGAGUGCUCGAGACCGGCUUUGGGGACGCAUCGGCACACCGAACCAAGUAAGUCGGCAAUUCCACCG